UUUUGACACUCAUAAACACCUACACACACACACACAUAUUUUUUACUUUUUCUCUUUGUCGACGUUUGUCCGGUCGGUCAUGAAGUCCAGUGCCGAAGCGAUAUUGCGGCAAGCUCCCGAAGCAAUAAAUCCACGAGAGUUUAUCCGUGAACUACUCGAUGCAAUCAAACUUGACAAGGACUUUUAUGGUGGAAAAAAGCUAUACUCACAUUAUCUAAAGGGAGUGUUAAAGACUAAAGACCCAUCAAAUCAAUAUCCUGACCUCCAUGACCCAAAUAAGCCAGCAUAUCAGCGAGCACGUCACUUGUCAGAUGAAGAGAUACGAAUUUUUCAAAAGGCUACAUCGAGUCUUGUACGAUAUGCGCCUAAUCCAGACGUGGCCUUGCGCUUUGCAGAGUUUUUCCUAGUACAAGUAGCUCCUCCGCUGCGCAACGAACAGACCGAGCUGAUUAUUUUGGUCAGCAUCAUGUACUGCUACACACACGCAAGACAUAACAAAUGCGAGUAUUUGCGUAAAGGCUUGGAUUGGGUCAGGAUCGGUCUUGAAAGAGGUCUUGCUCUCAGAAGGACAAAAGUUCCCCUGCGCAGCGGUUUCGAAAGGACUUCGCAAAUGUUCGCGAGUACAGCAGAACCUAUACUUAGCUAUCAUCGAUUAACACCUUCAGCCGACGGACGAGAAAUGAUAAAGCAGAAUGAACUCUUUAUUUUGCGUUGUAAUACAUAAAAAGGCACAUGGAUCUGCCAAUUUUUAUAAAUACAGGUCGAAAAUGAUGCUUCGUUUUGAGGAAAGGAAACUACCCAGUCAUGGAGC